GACAAUAUUGUAAGUAUAUAUAAAAAAGUAGGAAAAUAAAGAGGUUGAGUGAGGAGAGGAGGAAUAAUAGUUUGGAACGGUCCACUGUCUUAGGUUUUUCGGUGAGCCCAAGGUCUAAGGCUUUCUGGUGGUCCUCUGGCAUCCCAGUCCAACACUGUCUUCCCUACAGUUGCCCAAAGCACAGGGAGCAUGUGCUGGGCCACUGACACUUCUAACAAAAUCCAAGAUCCCAACUUUUAUCAUGAUCAGGAUCAAAAGGAAAAAAAACAAAAACAAUCUUUUAGGGUUGCGGAAACUUCCUUACUACAUUUUCCCAUCCUCCACAAGUAAUUUUAAUGUAAUAUAGCUCUAUAUACAAUAUAGCUAACGACCACAAUCUUCUAAUGAACCACGAGAGAUGUUUAUCCGGCUAUCUAGUUGUUUUACAUUUCCUAGCAACCUGUGUGCGUGCCCUCCAAUUCGUCCAAUUGCAUCCAAUCGGAGCGUUCGGUGACGUCAAGUGGGGCGAUUGGUCUGUUUGACGGCGUUCUCUAUUUAACCUGGUAACGAAGGUACAGUGCAAUGGUGAGACAGUUUCCUGUAAGUGGCCCAGUUGCUAUGGCAGACAUGCUGGAUCCCUACACCUUUGAUGCCCCUUCUACAUACAUUAACUUUAGUUCUUUCCAUGAGGAUCACAAUGCUGACUCCUGGUUAGACAGAGUGACCAAUGCACUUAAUACUCCCCCAAACCAGAGGCCACGCUUUGAAACUUCUGCUGUGAAUUCUGAACACAAGCGUAAGGUGUUGACAACCCUUUCAAAGGAGGCAGUCUCCAAGAGUACUAUACAUUUUUGUGAUGUGAAAUCUCCGUCAAUGCGAUCAACCAGGCUCAUGUCCAGGAAGCUGUGCAAACUAAAGGGGAGUAGGAAUGUGCUGGUGAAGCCUAAAAUUGCAGAACAGCAAGAGCUUGAGAAGAUACAAGAACUUCAAAAGAAUCUCAAGAAAAAUGAGCAUUCCAUGAAAGCUGCCAUAACUAGAGCAGGUCAGUCUUUGAAUAAUGGUGACCCUCCAGUCACAAAACCAGUGGAUUUUCUCUGUAAAACCAAUGAUCAACUUGAGCAUGGUUCCAAUCAACCUGAGAGAAAUGACUGUAACAUGGUGAAAUUUGUUGCAUCACUAAGGAGACACCAAUCGCUAUCGGUUCAGAUUCCUAAACGAGGAUACACAAUCCCAAAACCCUUCAACCUGUCACAGGGAAAAAAACGAAAGCGUGAGGAGGCUUUGGAAUCCAGUGCUGAAAAGGAUAUCUUUCUCCAAAAGAACUCCCGCACCUUAUUGCCUGCAUGGCCACCAGAGGGAGCUCGAGGAAGAGGAGGUGCCUGUUAUCAAAGCCACUCGUACGCCACAUUACAGGGUCCUAUUUAAACCCAAACUUUUAGAAAAGAGACAAGUGGAUCAUAGGCGGAGGGUGACUUUUGAGUUUGGGAAGGCUAACCAAAGAUCAGCAAAAAAAAUUUCACCUACCGGAGGUGCAGGCCUUCAGAGCAGUUGGGGGAAACAAUAGCAUUUUUUAAAGCAAAGUCCCCUAUAGAGUGCUAUAGUCACCUUAUUAAGAAAAUGUGUGUGCCCCAAUGAGGCCUUCCAUACCAGGAGGUCCCUCCCAGUGAACAAGCCACAGUGCUUGAUAGAUUUCUUAAAAGAGAACUGAACCCUAAAACAAAAUAUGGCUAAAAAUGCCAUAUUUUAUAUGCUGAACUUAUUGAACCAGCCUAAAAGUUCAGCAUCUCUAUAGCAGUGAUUUCAAACUUGGCACAGGAACUCCCUAUCUUUGAUUUUGUUAAAAGUCUUUUACACGCACAUGCUCAGUGAGCUUUGAGCAGCUGUUUAGAAGCUAAACGUAGGAGUUUUCACAAAUCAGAAAAUAGGUAAGACUGUUAACUGAUAUUACGAAGCUGGUGAAUAAAUUAUGAUGCUAA